AUGAAGAGAAAGUACGAUAGUUCACAAGAAACACCUACCAACAACAAAUCAUUCGCCAUGGCCGCCCCCGAUUCCAAGACGACCCCCAACGAGUUCUUCGAGGCCAUCGGCUCCAAGGUUGAUGGCGGCGAUGACCAGAAGGUCGUCGAGGAGAUUGAGUCUCUCUGCAUGAACUGCGGAAAGAAUGGAAACACCAGACUGCUCCUGACCUCGAUUCCCUACUUCCGCGAAAUCAUCAUCAUGUCAUUUGCCUGCGAAGAGUGCGGCUUCGCCAACAGCGAAGUCCAGCCUGCAGGCUCCAUCCAGCCCAAGGGCACACACUACGAGCUCCGCCUGACCGCGAUGGAGGACUUUGCUCGCCAGGUUGUCAAGUCCGACACGGCGACCGUCAAGUUCAUCGAGCUCGACCUCGAGGUGCCCGCCGGCAAGGGCCAGCUUACAAAUGUGGAGGGUCUCCUCAGCACAAUCAUCAACGAUCUCGACUUUGGACAGGAGGCGCGCAAGGAGCAGAUGCCCGAGGUCUACCCCAAGAUUGCCGAGAUUAUCGAAAAGGGCCGCGCCAUGCUCGACGGCAGCUCUUUCCCCUUCCGCGUCACCGUCGACGACCCCGCCGGCAACUCCUUCAUCACACCCGACUUGAAGGACGGUGUUGGCAAGUGGGAGAAGCACGAGUACCUCCGCAGCGCCGAGCAGAACGAGGCUCUGGGCAUCUCCGCCGCACAGGCCGACGAGCUGGCUGCCGCCGCCAACCCGGGCUUGACCGCCGAGGGCGACAUCAUCCCCAACGAAGUUUACAGUUUCCCCGCCAGCUGUCCGGGUUGCAUGCACUCAUGCACAACACACAUGAAGAUGGUUGACAUCCCCCACUUCAAGCAGGUCGUCCUCAUGUCGACCGUUUGCGACGAGUGCGGCUACCGCUCCAACGACGUCAAGACCGGUGGUGAGAUCCCCGAAAAGGGAGAAAAGAUCAUCAUCAAGGUCAAUGGUCAAAUCGAUCUCGCCCGCGAUAUCCUCAAGUCUGAGACCUGCGCUCUGGAGUGCCCCGAGCUCAACCUGUCAGUCAACCCAGGCACUCUCGGCGGUCGCUUCACAACAAUCGAGGGUCUCCUGACCCAGGUCCGCGACGACCUGAAGAGCCAGAUCUUCCAAGCUGACGGUGGAUCCGGCGGUGACUCUCUCGAUCCUGCUGAGAAGUCAAAGUGGACCGUCUUCUUCGACGGUCUCGACGAGGCCAUCAGCGGCAACCGCGAGUUCACCGUUAUCCUCACCGAUCCCCUCGCCAGCAGUUUCGUUCAGCCGCUUGUCGACCCUCCCGCGCCUGACCCAUCCAUCCAGCGCGAGUACUAUGACCGCACACACGAGGAGGAAGAGGAGCUUGGACUGAACGACAUGAAGGUGGAGGGCUACGAGGAGGAGGCUGCCAAGGAGGCUGAAGAGAGGGAAGCGGCCAAGAAGAUGGCUGAUCUCGAUAAACUUUUGGACGCCAACAUGGGCAAGAGCUCAUAG